ACUUUGAUGACGUCAUUGUUGUGCUCAAUCUUCAGUGUAACACGAAGAAAUAAGCGCCCAAGGUGGACUUGGCAGAUCGGCGCUGGUUUGUUUGUUAGCUCAGGACUUGCGACCUCCGCGGACCUUGGAAAAGACAAGGCAUUUGGGAGCCCCCAUUGGUUCCAAACAACCCCAAGCCAGGUUCAAGAACAACAAUCAAAAGUGUUCCGCACACUUGUAACCAGGACUUACUUCAUUCAGAGCGGGCAAUAGCCAAAUGGAUGCUAUUUUCAUCAGCAGC